AUGGCGUCACCAUCCUGGCGUCUUCUUGUGUAUGCACUGGUUUUCAGCUUAAUAGCCAUUAACACGGUAGCCAAUGAUGAUCAUGAAAAGCCUCCAAGGCCCCCUAAUGAUGACGAAGAGCGACACUUACCAAAUAAUCAUCAAAGACCUCCAUUUCAACCAUCAAGGUCUCCUCCUCAACUAUCACGAUCACCACCACCACCACCUCCAAGUAAGAAAAAGUCCCCGCCAUCACCUCCAACUAAGAAAAGGUCUCCGCCGCCGCCACCAUCACCACCACCUCCAAAAAAAAACUCUCCACCGCCACCGCCGCCACCUCCAAAUAAGAAAAAGUCUCCACCACCACCGCCACCACAACCAACAAAAUAUCCUCCUCCACCACCACCACCAACAAAAUAUCCACCACUAUCCCCUCCUUAUACUUCUCCUAUACCCCCUCCAAACAUUCAACCAAUUCCAGCACUAUCCCCAUCCCCAUCUCCUACUCCCAUUUUAUCUCAAUCACCUCCUAAUACUUCACCAGUAUCCCCUCCAAAUAUUCAACCAGUUCCAUCACUCUCUCCAUCCCCAUCUCUAGCUCCCAUUUUAUUUCCAUCACCUCCUUAUGCCUCUCAAGUACCCCCUCCAAAAAUUUCACAAGUUCCAACUUUAGCUCCAGACUUCUAUUUUAUCUCAAUCACAUCCUAUUAUUUCACCACUACCCCCUCCAAAAAUUCAACCAGUUCCAUCACUAUCUCCAUCUCCAGCUCCAGCUCCCAUUCUAUUUCCAUCACCUCCUAA